GUUCAUUUCCGGCAUACUUAUCGACUUCGAUUUGCCACAACUACACAGUUCACAAGAACAUAAAAUUCGUCAAUUUCCAUCAUGUUCAUCCACCUCUUGUUAUCAUUCCAAGAGAAUAACACCGAUUUAUCUAAGGAUUCCAACGACUAGACCAAGCGCCAUACCCUGGGUUCGCUUCUAUAAUCUGACGACAUAAGAGAAUUCUCAGAGAAGACCACAUCUCACACAGCUAUGGCAAUCAAAUUCGCAACGUUCCUCUCCCCUCCCCUUCGAACGACUCUAACAUCCCCGGACACCUCGUCACCCGACACAGGCCUCUGGCAACCACUGUCCUGUACCCUGGUCUACACGCCCUCAUCUGCGGUCAUCAUCGACUGCCCAACCACCAUCGCCCCUACACGAGACCUGGCAGCGUGGAUCAAGGGCAGGCUACCUGAGGGCUGUACCCUAAAACUGUUCCUCACAACACAUGCGCAUGGCGACCACUUCUUCGGCUUCCCUAUUCUGGAGGACAACUUUCCCGGAAUCCAGGCCGUGGCUAGCCGCUAUGUGAUCGAGGGGGUUGAUUCCCAGUAUGCCCCGGACAUGUAUGAGGGCGUGUGGAAAGUGGGGUUUCCCGGCCUGGACGAGAGGCGUGUCGUGUUCAAGGCGCUGCCCGAAUCGAAUGAGAUUGAUCUGGAUGGUAACAUCAUUAAGAUCCAUGACAUCCAGCAUGCCGAUACGCACAACUCUUCCUUCGUCCACGUACCAGCCCUCGACCUCGUUGUGGCUGGAGACGUGGCUUACAACGGGGACUGUUACCAAUACCUCGCUGAAGCGAAUAGCGCAGAGAGGCGGGCACAAUGGAUUACGGCGAUCUCUGAGAUCAUUGCCUUAGAGCCAAAGAUAGUGAUCCCUGGACACUCGUUCCACAUCCGCUCCGAUCCGGACGCGGGAUACGCCAAGACUCUCCUGGAGAGCAAUGUCGCCUACAUCCGGGGCUUUGAGGAGGAGCUUCAGAAGGCCGCCAACGCGAAAGAGCUGUUUGAGUCGAUGCAGAAGCGAUUCAAGCGGUGGAAUCUUUGGAUCUUGAACGAAAGCUGCAAGGCUGCUUUCCCAGGGGGCGCCUAGUGUCAGCGAGUUGGGAGCUCGCUACAGCAAUGCCAUAGCAUCAGGGCUAUGAUUGUGGCAGACAGAUGUACACGAUAGGAAAUAUUCGAAGUUAUUUGAUCUUGA